CGCGUCAUUUGCUGUGGAGCCGCGGGUGCGCGCGGAGGAGCGGAGGCUGCGCUGCGGGGGCUGCCGGGAGCGCGGUCGGGCCCGGGCUGAGGCGGCGGCGACGCUCGCAUCUCCACCUUGCUAAGACACUGGACGCUGCUUCCUUUACAGCAAAGAAAAUCUGAAUUCCUCCAACACUCAGGAUGGGGAAAGAUUACUAUUCUAUCCUGGGAAUUGAAAAAGGGGCUUCUGACGAGGAUAUCAAAAAGGCUUACAGAAAACAAGCGCUGAAAUGGCAUCCAGAUAAGAACAAAUCUCCCCAUGCAGAAGAAAAGUUCAAAGAGGUUGCAGAAGCUUACGAAGUGCUGAGUGAUCCCAAAAAGAGAGAUAUUUAUGAUCAGUUUGGGGAGGAAGGCCUUAAAGGAGGAGCUGGAGGAUCUGAUGGCCAGGGUGGCACCUUCCGGUACUCCUUCCAUGGAGACCCACAUGCUACAUUUGCAGCUUUCUUCGGUGGCACAAAUCCUUUUGAGAUCUUCUUUGGGAGGAGGAUGCCUGGUGGCAGAGACACUGAAGACAUGGAGGUGGAUGGUGACCCAUUUGGAUCCUUCACUAGUUUCAGUAUGAAUGGUUUUCCAAGGGAAAGGAAUACAGUUGGCAGCCAGUUACGUCGUAAACAAGAUCCCCCUGUAAUCCAUGAACUGAAAGUGUCACUGGAAGAGAUCUAUCAUGGCUGCACAAAAAGAAUGAGGAUUUCACGCAAAAGGCUUAACCCAGAUGGCAGAAGUGUCCGAACAGAGGACAAAAUCCUCACUAUUGAGAUCAAAAGAGGAUGGAAAGAAGGCACCAAGAUCACUUUUCCAAAAGAAGGCGAUGAAACACCUAACACGAUUCCAGCUGAUAUUGUUUUUAUCAUUAAAGAUAAACCUCACUCUCAUUUCAAGAGAGAUGGAUCAAAUAUUGUCUAUCCUGUUAAGAUCAGCUUAAGGGAGGCUUUGUGUGGCAGCUCUUUCAACGUGCCAACGAUAGAAGGAAGAACCAUACCCAUGACAGUCAAUGAAGUGGUAAAGCCUGGGAUGAGAAGAAGAAUUAUAGGAUAUGGUUUGCCAUUUCCCAAAAAUCCUGACCAACGGGGAGACUUAAUUAUAGAGUUUGAAGUAAUUUUCCCAGAUAACAUUUCUCCAGCAUCAAAAGAAGUACUUAGGCGAAAUCUUCCAGUUUCAUAAAAUGGAAGACUGUGUAUGUCAACAGAUUAAAAUAGGACACUGGAAAUGCAGAAGACUGGCGAGUCUGCUUUAAAAGUGCAAUCUGUAACACCUAGUGGAAUCUUUGGUUUUUUUUGUUUUGUGGGAUGGGUGGGGGGAAAAUACUGUAAUGCUGCAUGAGAAGAAAAGGGUUUAAGUAGAAGUCCUACAGAUGAAUUCUGCAGUAAAAAUUACAGGGAAAACCACUCAUUUUAUUUUACAUCUUCCUAAUCAGCAAUGUUUAGUCAUUAUUUUGCUUAAUAUAAUUACAGUAAUUUUUUUACAAAGUCAGUGCAUAUUUCUGAUACAGUACUUGAGCCUCCAAGUACAUUAUUUCUUAUAUCCUCACCAUGUCUAUAACAUUACACAUUUAUACAGAAAUUUUAAAUCAUAGUAGAGAUACACAAAGGUAUAAAUAUUUUAAAGAGCACAUGAGAGAGAUCAUUUCAGUAUGUUGCCUUCCACUGCACAAAGCAUAGGCCAGAAAAAUCAGCUUGGACUCCUGACCAGCUCCCCUGUGCAAUGAAAGCAUUCUCUUUAUUGCCUCCAGAAGUGUCAGGACUGCAUUGUGGGUGUGGCAAAGGGCACAUGGCCUGAGGAGCCAGAGUAGCCAUUUGCUGUGGGAUAGUUCCUCAGCCUUCAGGCAGAAUAGCAAGAAGGGUUCUUCAGGGACAAGAACAGCAAAGAUGAGCCUGCUGUAGAAUGGGGCAGGGAAGAUGGUGACCAAUGACAUGGCUGAGGUACUCUGUGCUGCCUUUGCAUCAGUCACUACCAGUAAAACAACCAUGCAGGAAUUCCAGGCCCCUGAGACUAGUGGGGAAAUCUGGAGCCUUGGUUGGUGGUGGAGGAUUGGGUUAGGGUGCACUUUACCUGGAAUUCUGUGAGCCUGACAGAUUGCACCCAAAGUGUUUAGGGAGCUGGCUAAUGCCAUUGCAGGGCCACUCUUGUUUGUCUUUGAAUGGCCAGGGGGAUUAAGAGAUGUUCCAGUAGACUAGAAAAGAGAAAAUACCACUCUUCAAGAAAACCAAGAAGGAAGGUUUGGGAAUCCACAGGCUAAUCAGCUUCACCUAAGCCCUUGAUAAUAUGAUGGAAAAGAAUCCUCCUGGAGAGCAUUUCUAAAAGGUGGUCGGGGUAGUCAGCAUAGUUGUACAACAGGGAAAUCUUGCUGGGCCAGUCUUACUGCCAUCUCCAAUAAGCUUUGGGGAUUUGGGAGAACAGUCUGUGUUGUUUGCCUUUUACAUCAGUAGGCAGACUGGUGAAGUACAGGUUGGAUAAGUGGGAAGUGAGAUGGAUUAAAAACUGACUGCAUGAGGGGGCAUAGGGGGUUUAAUCAGUGGCACAAAGUCCAGUUGGAGGCAACUCAGUGGUGGUGUACCCUCUGGCUGAGUACUGGGGCCAACACUAGUCAUCAUCAUUAAUGACCUGGAUUAUGGGAUGGAGUUUACAAACCAUAUCAACUGGGAGGAGUAGCAGUACCACCAGCUGAUGGUACUGCCUUUCUGAGCGGCCCUGACAGGCUGAAGAACUGGACACAGGAUUCUCACAAAGUUCUGUAAGGGGCAAUCCUCCACUGGGGAGUAACUGGCCAGCAGCCUGUCAGUAAACUGACUUUGAGCUGGCAGUGCAGCCUUGUGGCAGCAGCGGCCAAAGCUUUGCUAGCAGGUGAGGGGAGAUGGUCCUUUCUCGUUACUCAGCACUGAUGAGCAUCCAUCUGGAGUGCUAGGCUCCCUGGUACUUGAAGGAUAAACUUAGUGGAGCAGCUCUAGUGCAGAACCACGUGUGAGAAGCUGAGAGAGCUGGAACUUGCAGGCGUGGGGAAGAAAAGAGUUGGGGGAGAUCUUGGCUCCUGGCAGGAGGAAUGAAGAUGGAGGAGUCUGGCUCUUCUCAGCAGCUUUCAGUGACUGGACUAAAUGGACACAGUUAGGGGUUCCAUCUGAACACAAGGAAACAGAUUUUUACUGAGAGGAUGAUCAAACACUGGAACAGGUUUCCUAAAGAGUUUGAGUUGCUAUCCCUGGAUACUCAUAGCCUGACUGGACAUUGUGCAGGGCAGCCUGCUCCAGCUGACCAUGUGUGAGCAGAGGUGC